AUGUCCAAGUUCCUUCUUGCGAAAUCGCCCCUGGCAAAGAAAGGGGCUUCAGAGCGGAUGAAAGACAGUGGUCCCGUAAGCUGGGUGCUGCUUAAGAUAGACAAGGACAUGAACAAGAGCCCGUCUGAUCAGAAGAGGCUCGCAACAACCCGUCAACAGGUCCGCCAGGUCAAGACAGCCAGUCCUCUUCGCGAGUUAGAAUGUGGCAGAAAUGAGAGAGACUCGUGGGGUCAGUCCCAGCCAAGAUUAAAGAGUCUGAUACAGAAACGUGACUUUGGAACCUUGGUUUCCAGAAUGAAGACCAGACAAGGGGCGGGAGCGUGCCCCCAGACUGGAACACAGAUUUCCAAGAGCACGGAGCUUUUCAACCAGCAGCAUGGGGCCUCAAGCUUGGCUCUUGGUAUCCAAUCUCAGUUUAAAUCUAACAAAUCUAAAAUCUCAAUCAAGAUUGAGACAGUAUUCGGGUUUAGUCAGGGAACUAAAAACAGAUCCAGUCGCGAGAUUUCCAAGAUUGAGGGUGGUGAAGGAAUUAUUGCUGUUGUCAAGAUGAGCUUGACGAGGCCACUCCUUGCGUCAUCACAGAAGGAUGCGCCAAUUGGAUUGAAUGAGGUGGGAAUGACGGUGAUGCUCCGUUCCAAGUGUCCACUCACUUGCUUUACUGGCUCCUGCUGGAAAUGGGGUGUGGAGACAGAGAAAAUGCUAGCACGUCUUGCAUUCGCACAGUGUUGGAAGCUGGUUAUCUCAUUUCAUGAUUUGGACCCAUCCUUGGAAAAAAUUCAAUGCUGCGUUUCUAAUCAGUGA